UUUCCCAUUAUGGCGUUCAGUGUACAACACGUUCGUGCAAUCGCUAUUACACUCCCAAUCAUUGCCACUUUGGCGGUGGCAGCUCGUUUUUAUGUCCGAAAACUCAAGAAGGCGAAGUAUGGAGCAGAUGACUGGACAAUACUCACAAGUUUGAUUCUCACAUGGGCAUUGACAGGAAUCGUGCUGAGGGGCACUGUGAUCGGUGUAUACGGGGGGUAUCACCCACCUACAGCACGUGUUGACGCUGGCAUGAUCGUAAUGACGAAGUUCCACUUCUCUCUAUGGCUAAUGGCCAUCGCAUGCGUCGGAAUGAUCAAGAUCAGCGUCCUACUACUCUACCGCCGUGUCUUCUUCGCAGAGCGAAUCUUCUACAUCUAUUGCACCUGCCUAUGCGUAGCUGUCGCUCUGUGGGCAACCGGCUUCUUCUUCGCCAGGGUAUUCAUGUGCGGGAAAGACGUAUCGUUGUUCUGGAAAGGCUUCGCGAUCUAUAAGCGGAAAUGCGUGAUCUACCCUAUUUCCAACGGCUUCGGGAUAUCGGAUAUCAUCACCGACGCACUUGUUGUGAUCUCGCCUAUUCCGAUUGUUUGGCGUUUGCGCUUGCCAAAGUUGCAGCGCGCGGGUGUUGUCGGUAUGUUUGCUUUGGGGUUUCUAUCAACGGCUGCCGGUGCUGCGAGAGGGUAUAUUGUACUAUCGGCUAACCACGAAGCUCGCAAGAUCCCAGUUCAUCCUGUCGUUCUCGGAACCAACGUAGCGGUCUGGUCAGUUAUCGAAAUCACAAUGGCAGUGAUUGCGGCGUGUCUAGUCACCCUUCGCCCAUUAGUAAGCGGUGAGCAUGUAAAAGUACUCACCAGGCGCAUCAAAUCUGCCAUAUCGCUUCUUCUCCUACGAUCCUCCUCAUCACGGCUCUCGAGAGAUGGCUCGACGGAUCUUAGAAACGGUGAAGACUCGGACUCUAACCAGCACCAUGAUAAGGAGCAGUACUUUGAGUCGGGCUCUGAAUCUUCUGCUCGUGUGUGA